CUCUCGUCCCUCCUCGGCUUGAAAAGUGCGCUCAGUGGGGAAAGUUGGACAGAAAGUCCACAGUGCGUGUCCACGCACAGGCCAUGCGCAUCUCGCCAGAGGCGAGACAGUGCGUGGAAGCAACAUUCCGACGCGUUGAUGAGAUGUUUUGGGCUCCCCCAGAGGGCUCCUUUGCCCGCGCACACUUGUGGAGAAAAGUUGGGUCAGAGCCAAAAGACUUGGCGCCUCUUCGGUGACUUUUAGGAGCUUCCGGCGCCACACUCUCGCUGUCAUGAAGACGCUCUACAUCACCAUUGAAGUGGCAAUCGCGCUCCUCUCCGUGUUCGGCAACGUGCUGGUGUGCUGGGCGGUGGCCAUCAACAGCACCUUGAAGAACGCCACCAACUACUUCCUGGUGUCUCUGGCCGUGGCGGACAUCUUGGUGGGCUGCCUCGCCAUCCCCUUCGCCAUCACCAUCAGCAUCGGCAUCUGCCUGGACUUCUACGGCUGCCUCUUCCUCGCCUGCUUCGUCCUGGUCCUCACGCAGUCCUCCAUCUUCAGUCUGCUCGCCAUCGCCACCGACAGAUACUUGGCCGUCAAGAUCCCGCUAAGGUACAAAGAGCUGAUGACAGGGAAGAAGGCCAGAAAGAUCAUUGCUAUUUUAUGGAUCCUGUCCUUUGUCAUCGGGCUGGUGCCUUUCUUCGGUUGGAACUUAAAGGACUCAUUCUGCGGGAGAGGCAACUCCACAACCGACAACAAAACAGACUUAUUACGGAGCUGCAAGGACAAGUGUUACUUUGAGAGCGUGGUGGACAUGGAGUACAUGGUCUACUUCAACUUCUUUGUUUGCGUCCUGCUGCCGCUCCUCCUCAUGCUGGGCAUCUACAUGAAGAUCUUCACGGUGGCUCGGAUGCAGCUGAGGCAAAUCGAACUCAAGUGCGUGUCCAACGGGGACAGCCAUCACCACAGCCUGCUGCAGCGGGAGAUCCACGCCGCCAAGUCCUUGUCCAUCAUCGUAGGGCUUUUCGCCAUCUGCUGGCUGCCCGUCCACAUCCUCAACUGCCUGACGCUCUUCUACCAGAAGCUGCACAAGCCCGAGCACGUCAUGUACGUGGCCAUCAUUCUGUCCCACGCCAACUCGGCCGUCAAUCCCAUCAUCUACGCCUACCGCAUCCAGAACUUCAGGAACACCUUCCGCAAGAUCCUGGCCCGGCACAUCCUGUGCCGCAAAGAGGAACAGUACCUCAGCUCUAAUGGCAGCGGGCGCAACAGAGACCAGAUUCGCAUGACCACAGACCCUCUGCUAUAGUCAGCAGUAUUUCCAUGUUGUUGUGUUUACAGAAGCAGGGGAUGAUAUCAAAGGCUGUGAUGUGUCUUGCUUAACUUUUAUAUUGCCAAGGACUACUUUUAUUGUUGUUGCUAUUGUCUUAUUUAACACCAAAUGGAUGAUCAAACAUUCUGAACCACUGCAACACUCCUCCUUUUAUGCUGUCUGCAGAUGUUUGUUAUUAUUUAUUACAUUGUCUUUGUCAACAACAAACGUCUUGGUGAAUUUCCAACAGUACUACUUACUACGUACAAUACAAGUACUAAUUGUAUGUGCUUAGUUUUGACCGUGUUUUCUUUUCUGUACUACAGUGGGAGCCGUGUAAGUCGACGUCCUUAGGAACAGCUGACUGUAUGUAACCAAAACUCAAAUUAGUACACACUUUACUUGACUUUUACCACAGACAUAAAGAGAAUGGGCGAUCAUUAAGGAUGUACACAUAUUUCAUACUACAGUAGUACCUCAACUUAAGAAUGCUUUGAUAUAAAAGCUGUCUUUUGACUAAUUAUGCUGUAAGUUGGAAGCAAAGAUUGGAGUAACAAGCAUCCCUGCCACUAUUUGGCAAAGUAAAUGUCACAGUGAACCCCCUAAGAGCCACCCAGACCAUCUGAUCUUACUAGCUAGCAUUAGUUUGCGAUUUCGCUCUCCAAAAUUGCGAUUCAAUUUGCGAUGUUAAUAUUUUAUAUAUAAAAAUGCAUGACACUGCAAAAAUAAUGAAUGAAGGAAGACAUGUUACUUUUAGACUGUCAAUCAACAAAUUAUUUUCUCAAGCGGCCACACAGAACAAUAUGCAAUAAUUUACUUAUUUGGCUUCAUGCAGACUGACUCUGAGCUUUUGUCUACAUCAUGCUCUAAAACUGAAUAAAUAAUAAAUAAAAACUAUACAGUGAUUAUAAAGUAAUGUAAUGAUAAUACACAAUAACAAAGCGGGUAACUAAGAUUAUAUAAACUUGUAUUUUUCAUUACUGUAGAAUUGUAUCAUAAACAAAAACAUAAGAUGGACUCAUUUGUGUAAGCAAACAAUUUGCUUAAGUAUUGAAAAUCUUUAAGUGCACUUUUUUGUCCCCCAGUUGGAAAAAUAAGGUUGGUUUGUCUUUUUGUUAGUUGCCAUCACGUGAUCACGGCAUCCUCUCUCCUUCGUUUGUGUUAAUAGUCGUAUAUCGCCUGUCCAAUAUGAGGUUGAAAAAUUACAACAACAAGAUAUUUGGCUUUGAAACAUUUUUUUCCCCUCCCACCUUUUCUAACUUAGCGGCACUACUCACUGGCGAGUAGAGAGGCUGUCUGUGCUUCCUGUGUAUGUAAAGCUGGCGCCCCACGCUCGGCCCACCAAGACAAAGGUUUCGAAUGACUGAAGUGAGGGCUCACUGUGUUCAGUUAAUUCUACUGUUAAAUAAACGCACUUAUGUAAUGAGAGCGAUGCACAGAGUAAAUAAACACAUUUAAGUAAUGAGAGCGAUGCACAGAGUGAGACCUCUUUCUUCCUAUUAGAAGCGAGAGACGAACAAACGUGAGGCUCCAAAAGUCUGAUAGGCGAACCUGUCUGUCAAUAAAAUGCAGGUGACGGGAGCCUUAGCCUCUUGGUUAUUUAUUUAUUGCAUUAGUUAAAACUUCAAUGUCGAUCGUGCAGCCCGAGCUCAAGAUUAAUUAACAUAACUGUUUGUUAAAUCGUGGUAAGGAAGAAAGAGAGUGCUAAGACAAAGUGGAUCAUAAUCAUUGAUUCACAUGACACAAUCAAAAACAUGACUGGGCGAAGCAAUUUGAGGAUAUCACUGCUAGUCUGCACUAUAAUGACAGGCCGCCUGAAUGUCCAUGUUUUGAAACAUUAAUUUUCACGUUAAAUAAUAAAAAUAGGAUGUAAAAAAAAAACGUGUUGAACGGCCUAAGCCACAGGUACUCGCUGUUCCAUUUCUCUAAACGAUGCACUGAGUUGCAGGACGGACAGACAAUCAGCAGCACGGAAACAAGCUCGCUAGUUAGCUAACCAUCCAGCUAGCUUACUUGUUUUCGUUCUCCGAGCCUCAACGUUGACAGCUGUCCACUUUGCUGCUAAUCAUAUUUGCAUGAUUACAAUCCGAACCAGUUCUGAACCAGUUAUAGUUGUAGAGUAUUUAUUAGUAGCCAGCUAGAAGGUAUAUUUUUGACGUGACAGAUUGUAAACAGAGGUCCCAAGACUGGAAGUAUAAUACCUGAGGGGGCGUGGCUACAGUAUAGAGUUGCCAAAUGGGAAACAUUACUGACAUCUUUGAAUGCAUGUUACAGAAUUUUACAUGACAUUUUCAGUGAUAAUAAUGUUAUUAAAUGAUCUACUAAAAAUAUGUGAUACAUUACAUUUGACAUGUAAAAACACAAGAGAGGUUGGUAGAUGACAAUAAAUCUAAAGUAAAGUUUAGAAAUGCACUCAAUUGCAGGAAACGUAGUCUUGAUUUUUCUAUAUUAUCUUUCGGGGUUUGCGUGGCAGCAAUUCCUGCAGAGAGAAAUGUUCCUCUUUUUUUCUCAAAAAGUGCGCAUAUCCCUGUACUGAAGGAGAAUUUGUUAACGCCAGCUAAAAAUGUUGAAAGAAUAUUUAAAUGGUGGACAUUUAUCCAUGAAAAUAUGAAAAUGCUGCUGAUGGUGUGGUUGAUGGAAAAGCAACUUGAAGGAGAUACCGUAAAAGUCCUCUCUCCAAGGUAACUGCUGUACACUAUUAUUACAAUAGUUCAUAAAACUACUGUGGUUGUUAAUAGUAUUCUAUUUUAUUGUUUUUAUACAAUAUUUAUUAUCUAAACGUUUGUUUUUCUUUUUAAAAGGCAUGUUACAUGUUAGAAUUGUUCUGUUUUGGGGGAGAUAAGCACCAAUUGAAACAAUUUCUAUUCAUUUCAUGUGAAUACAGAACCAAUUAAACUCGUAAGUUGAGGUACUAUUGUAUUAUACUUUUUUAACAAAGCUACUGCAUGUAUUGACCACGAUCACAAUAAAGCCCAUGUAGGUAUGCAAAUUUUAACUUAAAUGUGUGCAAUUUCUAUGGUAAGAUCCAGGUUACAACUACCAUGCUUUUAUAUUAAAGCUUAGUUUGAACUGAA